GAUCGCCCUCAUGUUGUCCACGGCUCAGCAGAUGCUGCAGGAUAGCCGCUCCAAGAUGAAGCUUCUCCGGCUGCACAUUAUCAAAGUGGCGCAGGCCGGAAGCGACCAAGACAAUCAAGAAGCAAACGCCACAAUGCACCUAGAGACAUCUAACGCCGAUGCCCGACUAGCCAAACUGCGUCACUACACGCAGCGCGAGCACGAUGCCCUACGACUGGCCGAGGAUGUGCUGGCGCAAAUGGACGCUGUCUCCUCGCUGGAUCGCGAGGCUCGCAUGGAAGCUGAGACACGGCGCAACCAUUCGUCCCAGCGGUUGCGGCUCCUACGGGCAUCCGUGGAGGCAUGUGUAAGGGACGGCAGGAGGGCCACGCCCGAGAGGACCGACGCCCACUCAGAUCCGGGGCCGUGCCCGACGGCCAUCUCCAGUCAGCUGUCCGGUAGACCUGCCUCCCUGACGGGGAAAUUGGAGGUCAGAUUGCUUGGAUGUGAAGAUUUGUUUUCACCCGCUGACGACCUCACUUCUGAGAUGAGCGCCACCUUGAGGCUGGAUGGAAGAGUGGUGGGCAGAACCCGGUGGGCAGCGGCAGGCAGGGUGACCUGGGAUCAGACCUUCUGCCUCACGCUGGAGCGACAGUGUCGUGAGUUGGAGGUUGACGUGUUUUGGGGGGACGGCAGCAACAUGUGUGCACUCGGGUUCCUGCGCCUGGACCAGCUCCUGGACCAGCAGAAUCAAAACCAGGAAAACCCAGACACACAUGUGUGGCGUCUGGAGCCCAGAGGCCUCCUCCAUGCUCAGUUUGACUUUGUGGACACGGUGGUUGAGCGACAGCACAAACUACGACGCCAGCAGUGCAUCUUCACCAAAGACAGAGGUAAGAACUUCCUUCGUGCGGCUCAGCUGAAUAUGAACUUUUCCACGUGGGCUCACCUGAUGCUGAGCGUGCUUCCUGGUUAUGUCUCCUUCACUGCUGACUCCGCCUCCAACCCCGCCCCCCAGUCAGGCAUGCCAUCACCGCCAAGGUCACCGUCGCCGCCAAGCAUGUGCAGUGAGGCACCGACAAGCAGAAGUCCUCCUGGCCCCCAGGAGGUGACGCAGAAUGACGGUGACGCCACACUUAUUAAUAAAACCCCAGGAACAAUUCAGCAGCAACAGAUGUCGUCCUUCAGGAUGAGAAAAGAAAUUCAAGACCACCAAACUUCUCCUGUCAAGUGCCACAUGUCAGAUCUGCGUUAUAUUUCCGUGCUUGGCAGAGGCCAUUUUGGCAAGGUCCUGCUGGCCGAACUGAAGCCCACGGGCCGCCUAUACGCCGUCAAGGCCUUGAAGAAGAGCGACGUGGUAACACGUGACGAGGUGGACAGCCUGAUGAGCGAGAAGAGGAUCCUGGAGCUGAUCAGGACACGGCGCCAUCCUUUCCUGGUGCAGCUGCACGCCUGCUUUCAGACCAGAGAGCACGUCUGCUUCCUCCUGGACUUCCUACCCGGAGGAGAUCUCAUGAUCCACAUCCACAACCGAGCCUUCACGCCGCAGCAGACCAGGUUCUACUCGGCCUGCGUGCUGCUGGCGUUGGAGUUCCUGCAUGUCCACCAGAUCAUAUAUCGAGAUCUCAAGCUGGACAACCUCCUGAUGGACGCUGACGGCUUCAUCAAAAUGACCGACUUUGGACUUUGUAAAGAAGGGAUUGGCCACGGAGAUCGCACGUCAACCUUCUGCGGAACGCCCGAGUUCCUGGCACCAGAGGUUCUGACGGACGAUGACUACACCCGGGCUGUGGACUGGUGGGGCAUGGGGGUGCUCAUCUACGAGAUGUUGGUGGGCGAGUCGCCGUUCCUGGGUGAGGAUGAAGAGGAAGUGUUUGACAGCAUCGUCAACAAUGACGUCACAUACCCACCAUCGCUUCCGCCUGAUGCCGUGUCAAUAAUCCAGAAACUGCUGAAGAAGAAUCCGAUGAAGCGGCUCGGUGGCGGGCAGAGAGAUGCUAACGAGUUGAAAGGGGAAACCUUCUUCGAGGACGUGGACUGGGAUGCCCUCCUGUCCAAGCAGGUGUCGCCGCCCUUCCUCCCGUCCUUAAAGACGUCGGCGGACGUUAGCAACUUUGACAGAGACUUCACAUGCCUUCAGCCGGUCCUGUCUCCGCCCGCUACGCCCGGCGGACUCACAGCCCAGCAGCAGCAAGCCUUCGCCGACUUCGACUUCUGCGCCCCGCACAGCUGACCCUCAUUCGCCGGCCACCGCUUCCCCCGUUCCCUGGUCUUCCAGAUCUGCUUUAACUGUGAUGAGCUGUGCCCACUGCCGUGACCGCACAGAUGGUCAUAAUACUUCUGCAUGGCGCCUGAUUUAGCAUUAUUAAGAUAUAAUAUUAAAGCCAUAGAAAUGCUAUUAGAGCCAUACUUGUAGUUUACGGCCGCAAACAAACAUCAUUUAUUCAUCACGAUACACACCAGAUGUUUAAAAUACAUCAGGACAUUAUUCAGGAUUGACAUAAAUAAUGACUGUCAGUAAGGAAAAAACAGGAAGGAACCUGACUGUUAUUAAAUGUUACUAAACACUAUUAAUGCAAUAUGUACUGUAUGUACGAGAGCAUGAAUGCGCCCAAACACGAACACUGCAGUUUUUUGUGUCUUGUCCUCAAUAAAUACAUCCUGCCGUGUUCGUGUACUUCCUGCCUAGUUUAUAGAUUGGCUGUUUAGUUGUGUUACAUUGUA